GCAGCAUUUACACUUCUUUAUUUUCUUCUAUUGAACUGAAUUUAGUUAUAUUUGUAGUAACAAUGAGUAAUCUGGCUAGACGACCACUACAUGGUAACGAGCCGGGUAAUCUUUCCCAGUCGGAGGACGAUGUGGACCAGAACAACACCUGCAAUAGGCAGCCGGUACACAACUUCGAGGAAGGGACUUCUUCAGCCGACGAACUGGAAGAAAGUAUAACUCAUGAGAAUCCCAGUACUCCCAAACCCACCAAUCAGUCCAGAAAAAGCAGUAUUUCAACACCCAGGCCGAGUUCAAGGCAGGAGCAGCACCAUUCCAUCAAUGAACCUCAAAACGGCAUCGGUAUUAAAUUAGCUCUUGCCGGUGUUUUGUUCGGUUUAAUGGUUGUCUACGGGUAUGGAACAAGCAUUAUAGAGGAAAAACAGUGUGCCUUCAAGGAUCUCCGGACAAAAUAUCCCCUGCAGCAGGAUAAUGUCUGGAAAGCCCUGCAAAAGGGUAUUGAGGGGCUGAUAAACAAAAAGGACAAGCACCCAAGUGUUUUCUUGUUCCUGCAUCAGGAUCCCAAGCUCCAGAAACUUAUCGAUCAAAUUGCCACCGAGGCUUCAAUGUGCUUUGGUGGUCCCCGAAAGCUGAUUUACAUGAAAAAGGAGGACAUGAAAGACUACAGUUUGGCGAUUGAACAGUUCAAGGCAAAAAUGAACGAUGGAAAAGUUUUUUUAAUUGUGAACCUCAAUGAUAUUGCGCCGAAUGGAGCCCGAGCUCUGCACACAAUCUGCGAUACAUACAGCCCUCUUGUAAAUGAUGCAGUCAUCUUCCUUACUCUUCAAACAUUCAACACAACUGCCGUAAAGAACUCCGUCAAGCUAGCCACGGAUACUUUGUACGAUCUAUGGGAUAAGGAGUUGAGGGACUACGAGCUGGAUCCUUUAAUUACUCGAGUAACCGAUCAGGUUCUCCACUUGAGUAGCAAAAGUUAAACUGGAAUACUUUAUUCAAAAUCUCAGUACCACUUCCGCGCCCAAAAAGUGGGCUAUGAAUGCUUACAAAGCAAUGAAUUAAGGGAAUUAAGUUGGAUAUCGAAACAUUUGUAAUAUACUAAAUUAUUUCUUUUAA